UUAGAAGUAAGCGGGGUCCUAUUCCCUCACAAAAAAAUUUUUUCUUUUCGCAUCUCAAAAAAACAUUUUUUUCUUCUACUGUUCACUUUAAAUCUUAAAAAUGGUAACGGUAAAUAACUCGCCAAAAAAACAGAGAAAUAGUGCACAACGGGCGUUAGACAGAAAACAGAAUAUAUUAAGAAGAGAAAAAAAUGGAACAGUUUCGAAAAUUAAAAAAAAGAAAAAAAAGAGAUCUAAACUUAAACAUCAGAAAGAUAUUAAUAGACUUAAAAAUUACAAUAAAUAUAUGCAAAGCAAACUAAUGGUAAAUAAGUUAACUAAGCAGUACGAGGAAACUUUUAUAAAUGAUAAAUCCGCGCAGGAAGUAAAUAAAGAUGACGAAAAUAAUCAUUCGGCAUUCGUGAACCUUGGAAAUAGUUGUAAAAGCGGAAAAGAUAAUUUACUACAUGACAAUAAUCGUAAUUGCUUUAUCUAAGGAUUGUAAACAAUACGAAAAUUCUUUAUUUUAAAUUCAAGCUUUGCUAUUAAAAUUCACAUUCUAGUAUCCCUUUAAGUCCGCCAAAAUCCGUUUGUUUAUAUUAAAAGAUUCUGGAAAGAGACCUAUAUUAAUAAUCUUUUCAUCACUACAACACGAACACUCAUCUGUAUAAAAUAAAAAUCAGUAUACAAAAA